AUGUCUGCUACUAUUCCCCAGGAACAGUGGGCGCAGGUUGUUGAGAAGACGGGCGGUCCCGUCGUUUACAAGAAGAUUCCCGUCCAGAAGCCCGGUCCCGAUGAGAUCCUGGUCAAUGUCAAGUUCUCUGGCGUGUGCCACACGGACCUUCACGCCAUGAUGGGUGACUGGCCCCUUGACACCAAGCUACCCCUCGUCGGCGGCCACGAGGGAGCCGGCUACGUGGUUGAGCGUGGCGCCCUGGUGACAGAUGACGUGGUCAAGAUCGGCCAGAAGGUCGGCAUCAAGUGGAUCAACGGCACCUGCCUCUCGUGCCCUUACUGCCUUCGCUCGGACGAGCCCCUCUGCCCCAAGGCCGACCUCUCCGGCUACACGGUCGACGGCUCCUUCCAGCAGUACGCCAUCGCCAAGGCCGCCCACGUGGCGCGCAUCCCCGACGAGUGCGACCUAGAGGCCGUCGCGCCCGUGCUCUGCGCCGGUCUCACCGUGUACAAAGGCCUGAAGGAGUCCGGGGCCCGCCCCGGCCAGACCGUCGCCAUCGUCGGCGCCGGCGGUGGUCUCGGCUCGCUGGCCGUCCAGUACGCCACCGCCAUGGGCCUCAACAUCGUCGCCAUCGACGGCGGCUCUGACAAGGGAGACCUGGUCCGCCGGCUCGGCGCCAGCACCUACGUCGACUUCACCAGCACCAAAGACCUGGUCGCCGACGUCAAGGCCGCCAGCUCCGACGGCCUCGGCCCCGACGCCGUCCUCCUCCUCGCCGUCACGGAGAGGCCGUUCCAGCAAGCAACCGAGUACGUCCGCUCGCGCGGCACCGUCGUCUGCAUCGGCCUGCCCGCCAACGCCAAGAUUUCCGCCCCCGUCUUCGACACCGUCGUCCGCAUGAUCAACAUCAAGGGCAGCUACGUCGGCAACCGUGCCGACACCGUCGAGGCCCUCGACUUCUUCCGCCGUGGCCUCAUCAAGGUCCCCUCCAAGACGGUCGGCCUCAGCAAGCUCCAGGACGUCUUCGAGCUCAUGAAGGAGGGCAAGAUUGUCGGUCGCUACGUUGUCGACACCAGCAAAUAA